GAAGUUAGCACUGGACCCCCACUCCCACCCCAGCUCCUCUUGCACAUCAGUCUCAGUAGCUCCCGAGACUGCACAGGGACACGGGUGUAGCAGAGGCAUGGUGGUAACGGGGAGCGGAGCUAGGUUUCCAAAUCCUGGCAAGGGAGAUAACAUGGUGCAAUCUGCGGGCAGCACAUCACAAGAAGACGGGGAGGAUGGACCUCAAGGCAUCAAAUCUCUCCAGCAUCCUGAACUCAGCAGCCAAACAACGAAAUACUACAGACUUCAUGGCCACCAGCAUGCAUCUCACCAUAUUGCAAGUCAAGACAGUCUUGACAGACCUUGCAUCCACUCUGAAGACUCUUGUUGUUCCAACCAUGGCCUUGAGCUUGACCUGGAGUUGAAGUCCAGGCCUUCCUCUUUAUCCGCUCCUGGCUCUUCAGAUGCUCCACUCCCCAACACUAACUCAGCAGCAACUGCUCUGCAGUGUAGUAGGUCUCCUGAGAAGAUCACUUUGCUGGAAUCUCCCACACAAAACAAGACAAAACUGGCUUUAGAAUGGACUUUUUAUCCACGGUUUGGUCUUCAUACAUAUCAUAUCGGGAAACGAUGCGUCUUUAACGGCAGUUUCCUCCGAAACAAAACCUCUGCAUCAGAAAGGACCUUGGAAAUGUGUUUGGGGAGAAAAAAACAUGAAAUUGACUGCAGAAAUGGCAUCCCCAUGGCAACCCCUUGUGACAACUGCUACAAGUGUCCAGAACACAGUUUGGACUUUCACAGAUUCGGAUCAACGAGGCCAGUGGUGAAUUUUGGAUGUGAAAAGUAUAAAAAGAGAGUAGAUACAUUUAUCCCUCUUCAGCAUUUGCCACAGAUUCCUUGUGUUCCCUAUCAUGUAAAGGAGAAACAGAAGGAAUUAGCAAGGGAAAGGAAUGAGGUGAAAAAUCUAGACAGAUGGAAACCUGCUCCACCACUAUGUCAGACCUUGCUUAUUCCUUCACCGCUACGAAGAAUAAAAACAUCAUGAACUGCAAUGGGAAGGUCUUUCUGAAGAAUAAUUUUGUCAGCUACAGAUAAUAAAAAGAAGAGCUUUAAUAUCCCACUGUGAAUACCAUUGGAUGUGGUUUCUUACUUCAGUGGCUCAUGUAUCCUGAUGUGGCAAUUACUGUAGAUAUCCAGUUUUCAUUUACUGGUUUCUUGUUGAGUUCUGGAUUGUCACUUGUUCACUAUUACCCUGAAGAAAAGCUCCAACCUAUUUUCUUGUACUAGUUGUUCAAAACUAGAUGAGAUACUGAAUAGGGAUGGACUGAGAAUGUAGUGCACCCCUAUUUAUAAUACAAAAGUACAGAGAUUUUUUGUUUGUUUCAUGCUGUUACUUCCCCAAACAGAUUAUUUCUAUGCCACAAAUCUGUUCCUCUGGAGUAACUGCUAGAAUUCAAAACUUCUUCCUAGGGUUACAGUAGAGUCUCUGGUAUAUACUCUAACUUUAUUCUAUGGAGCCCUCUACCAAGGCAUCUCAGAGAGAUUUGAACCUGAAUUGAUUUUCACAGCAUUGCAUUUAAGUGGGUGAGCAUUAGCUCACAUUUAUCUCUUGAAGCCCAUCUCACACCUGAUUCGAAAACCAUACACUAGUGCUAAUAUAAUGUCCCUGUUCCAAAGAGUUUCUUAUCUAAAUAAGACAAGACAUGGACAUGAACAUAGACAAGUGGAGGAGAAAAGAGAAGGAAGACCAGAGGAGCAAUGACAAGAGCACAUGGUUACUUUCACCACUGUGUGACAACUAGCGAGUUGCAAGUCAGUAACAGUUAAAUCGUUCAAGUUUUUAAAUGAUUCAGAGAAAACAACAGUACCAUUUUUUUUGGUAUUAUUUAAUACUUUGCUCAGCUGUUUUUGUGCAAUGUAGCUACAGUGCAUGCCACCAUUACAGCUUGACCUAAGAUUGCUUACAGAGAAGCGCUGUAACUGCAGGGCUGAUUUUGUGCUUGCUUCUUUCCCAUUCAAAGAGCUUUAGCUGUUUUCUAAGUGCACCAUAGAGACACUUUGCCGGUAAGAAUGCUUUUUAACUUCUCUGUUGAUGCAUAAUAGAAAGAAACAAUUUUUAAAGGAACCACUGUACUGUGAAAACAAUAGCACCGUGAAAUACGUAAUGGACAAUAUUCUCUUGGCUGCUUGCUUCAGUUUUGUUCCUUUUUUCUUAGCCGACGAUUAUUUCACCAGCUUUCCGCUUUUCAUUCUGUAUGUCCCUGGGUGCUUUAGAGGACAUGGUCUAACAUCAAGGAAGUCUACUGCUUCUUUAGGGACUUGGGGAGAUGUGGUGGAAACAGCUUUGGUAUCGCAGAGCCAUCUCACACUUGGAACUCUUAGCUGGCCAGGGAUUUUGGGGUUCCUCAAGGUUAGGGUGCCUGUUUCUGAGAGACCAAGUGGAAGUCACCGAAAAUCAGUGCUCAGUCCUGAAAACUGUCAUCGGUAGUUAAAAUGUCUGUGGUAACUGGCCAUUCAUAACAUUAGCUAUUCAUUUCAGUGGAGCAGAACAGGGAUUAGCUAUGAUGGCACAUCAUUUUCCCUGGGGCACCCACUCUGUAGUGGCUCUGUUUUAAUAGGAAGAUAGGGGGAAAGGGGGAGAAAGGGAUAAUUAGUAGCAGUGUUUUCCUCUAUGUUUCUGGAGCCAUACCAAAGCAGUGGUUCCAGCAGAAACCACACUGAGAAGCUGGUGAACUCAGAGAGCUCACUGCACAUGUGCAGUCCAGUUGAAGGGGAGUACAAUCGCACCCCUUAGAUCUGACCCUGGACCUUGACCUUAGUACUUGUGAUCAUCAUUUGGAAAACCCAUAUCUACCUUUAUAUUUAUCCAGUGAAAUAUUCUGGCCUAUUGAAAUCAAUGGGGGUCUUGACCCUAAAGGAGAACUUUACUCUGUGAAGUAGUAACAUUAAGAUUAAUGGUGCAAUAAGGUGAUACUGGGUGUGUCUACAUGAGUCAUUAUGGUGCAGUAGCA